CUGAUACUCACGUGACGUGGGUAUAUCCGCUGUGUAUACUACAGACAGGUCACACUGAAGCCUGCAGUUGUGUGCUGUGGUUCUAUGAAUAAAGAAGCAUGAUGACAUCCAAUAAGAACUGUAAAGCACCUUUAAAACAGCUGAGCAGCCUGGACAGCUACAUAAUCGACAGCUCUCAAAAGAAGAAAAGCAUACUGUGGCGACGACGGUCUUUCAACAGUGCCAAAAGUUUGAAUACUGAAGAAAUCAAAGGCGGGACAUUAUCACGCAGUCAGCUGCGUAGAACACACUCAACAUCUCUGGUGGAUUAUACUGAUCCUCAGAGAACAGUGGUUAUAUUGGAGAAACAAGACAAUGAAGCCUUUGGAUUUGAAGUCCAGACAUAUGGUCUGAAGGUGAAGAACAGCAGUAUGGUGGAGAUGUGUACAUUUGUGUGCAGUGUGCAGGAUGGCAGUGCAGCCGAAACUGCAGGUUUGACUGCUGGUGACAUCAUAUUGUCAGUAAAUGGAGUCAGUAUUGAGGGUUCUACCCACCAGCAUAUCAUUGAGUUGAUUCGAGAAUCCACUAACAUGUUAAAGUUGGAGACAGUCAGCGGGAAUGUUGUGAAGAGAAUUGAAUUAGAGAAAAAGAUGCGCUACCUUAAGCAAACUCUACGUGAGAAAUGGGUGGAACUGCAAUCUCUCACGCUUCAGGAAAGGCGUCUUACUGGAGGUAAUCUGAAUGAGAGUGCUCAGCAUCUGUCUGUUGACUCUGUGACAUCUCUUUCAUCUCCAAUGGGCCUCUCUGGGCAGCGUUUUUCCAGUGACAGCAGUUGCCGCAGCAUCAUGACAGAUGAUAGUGAGGAUGCCGCCUUCAUGUCACCAGUAUUUGAUGAUUCAAGUCCAUUUAGCCCCACUGAGCCAAACGGCGGCUUCUUCCAGCUGGAGGGGGGCACGUUGCGACCCCUGACAAGAACACGCAGCAUUAGCCUGACCAGCAGUAACAGUUCACUCUCCCCAAGCUGGGAAAAUUCAUCUUCAACCGUGUUUGGGACCCUGCCAAGGAGAGGCAGAAGAGGUAGUGUCCGCAAGCACCUUUUGAAGUUCAUACCUGGACUGAAUCACUCCGUAGAGGAAGAGGAGGGCAGCUGAAAAAUCAUUCAUACCGCCACUGACUGUUGAUCUGAUUAAUUUUUUUGUAAGGACCUUGGGCAGUGGAAGGUUCAUUCCAUUUUUGACUUUCCUGCUUUAAGUGAUCAUAAAAACAGGAGUUGAGUCUCACAUGAGCAUUACAGACUGCAUGAUGGCAAUCUCUGUAUAUUUUUUUGUCAGUUUUUUGUCAAGUGGCCAAAGCAUUAUGACUUCCCAAAGAUUCAGCACUGAAAUAAACAACUGGCAUUAACCAAACCUUAGGAAAGUGUAUGCUAAAAAGCAACUGCAUUGAGAGAAUAUUACACCUUGCUUCCACUGCUCUAAUUUAGUGGUGCAAGACAUGCAAGCUUAUGAAUGUGUCCUAUUUCCCACUUGAUCAAGAUCUCAAUGUCUGCUGUAGCAUGCAAUUGAAGUGUGGUUGCUCAGUGGUUAGGGCAAGUAAGUUCUUAGUGUUAAGUAUCUGCCUUGCUGUUCUCCAAAAUAUGUCAGACUGCAGUUCUUAACAACGUAAGUUACAUUUUUAGUAUUUCUGCAAGGACUGCAAUAGUAGGUAUAUAGCACCUUCUUCUAAUGUCAGUUCUCUUAUUCAGGUUUUGGUGAAGCAAGAAGCUGAAGAGAAAGUAUAUUCAGUACUCACAGAAUGCUCACAGAAUGCUAGGAACCCUUUGAUUUAAAUGGGGAUGUUGCGUUGCAAGGGUCCAUCCAUUCUCCAAAACCGCUUUUCCUCUGUAGUCGUGGGGAUGCUAGUGCCUAACCCAGUGUCUUGGGACACAGACUGCCCAUCCAUCCAGGGUGAUUCACCAACUAUCACAGUGGUUACACAAAGACACAUGCAAUUUAGUGUCUCCAAUCCACCUAUACUGUGUGCCCCUAGAUUGUGGGGGAAACUGCCGCACCCGGAGAAAACCCAUGGCAACACGGGGCAACUGCAGACAUUUACUCUGCAUUACUCUGAUUUCGUUACCACUAGAGAAACAUAGAACCGAAUGUUACAGAGACUGUGCAAAAAUGUUUGUGUAAAAUAUGUUUGUUUCCCAAGUCUCUGCUAAAUGACAAAUAACCAUAACAAUUAAUUAUGUGCAAGCUUACUGUGAUUUUCCCUAGCAGGACAACUUGUUGGUCUUGGAACAGCAUUCCAGUAGGUUUAUGUUUAGGAUUAGGGCUGAGGUUAAAGCUUCAACUGCAUUCUUAUCAAUCUAAUUUCUGUAUUUAUGGUUAAAUUGAAUAAUGGACAACUAAACUUAAUUUGCUCAAAAUCUCAUAUUUAUAACACUUUACUUUAGAUAAUAUCUAUGAAAAUGUAUAGAAUAUAUAGCUCUUCAUUUCUACUCUUUAAGAAGUAUUUUAAUCCUGAUCUCAUAUUCGUUUAAAUGAGAAAUUAAAAUCAUUAAACAUAGAAAGGACUGAUCUGUGAGUGGAUUUGAAAGUUAAGUGCUGACUUGAAAAGGCUGCGAUGACAUUAGUGACAGAGCUCCAAACCACAGAGGUAUAGAAAAAUUCAUAACAGGAUGUGGUCUGCUAGAGGUGCUACUUUACCAACUUUUUUCAUGCUUUUUUGAGUGAUCCCUGUAACAGGCAGUUUUACUUAAACUAAUAAUAUUCAAAAGUUCAUGAAUGUGAAAAACAGUGCUUGCUGUUUCAUUCUUUUCUUUUUUCUUUUUUAAUGAGCAUAGUGUCUGUCUCUCUAUGUGUAUGUGUGUGUGGGGGGUGGGGUGGGGGUGGGGUGGGUGGGGGUGGGGGGUAUAUUCUCCGGAAAAAAAUAGUCUUGCAGUUGCUGCUAGUCACCUGCAUACAAUACAGGAAGUAUGUGCUUGACACAAAAAGACUCUGCUCUUUGCACAGUUCUGUUCUCUGUUCUCUCUUUUGUUUCCUUUUACCAUUUUGUUUAGAUUUGAACAGUAUGUAGUCUAGAUUUAGUUUAUUUUGCAGUAAGCAAGUGCUUAUAUUAAAAUCAAUUAACACAUUU